ACUUCUAAGGUUGAUAAACUUUUGGAACUAGCUUUAUUUCUUUCAUAUUUCACAAGAAAUAUACUUGAACGAUUUGAACAAAAAGGUUUUAACAUUAUAAACAGUAACAAAAUGGCAACAGGUUCAUUGUCUUCGGUUCCAAAACGUUUGCGUAUGGUUGAAGACUUUUCUUGCACACGUUGCUUAGAGCAGAAUCUUACGGAAUCUGCAGACAUUUAUUGUGAAAAAUGUUUAAGGUUUUAUUGUAAAAAAUGUGUUAUCCUGCAUAGUCAGUUUUUUACAAUACAUAUGACAUGUGGAAGGGAGGAUAUUAAGAAAUGGCCAGUUUCUAAGGCGGUGGAAGAUUUUCUCAGGAAGUGUGAGGUGCAUGAGGAUGAAACACUGACAAAGUUUUGCCAUUUCCACAGUCAGCUGUGCUGCUCUGCAUGUGUUGGAACAAUUCACAGCCAGUGCAGUAAAGUGACCCAGAUUUCGGAGCUGACCAACUCGCAGCCCACUGGCCUGGAGGGGAUGUCAGUGGAGCUGGAAACUGUCCUGGGGGAAAUUAAAACCCUGCAGAUCAGUCAGAAGGCCAGCAUUCAGUCAUUGCAGAAAACAUACAAGGAACAUAGUGCAGUUAUGAUAGAGCAAAUGCGUGGCAAUUUAAAUACUUAUAUAGAUGAAUGUGAUAAUAGUUCUGUGGGUACAUCAGGCGGAAAUGAGCAAUAUUUAAAAGAAGAGAUGUGUAGGAGUGUUCUCUCUAUCGUGAAUGAAUUUGAUAAUAUUACUGCGAAGGAACUUAACGAGAUGAAAGAUGAAGUUAUAAGCAUUAAAGGGUCAGUUACAAGUUCUAUUCAUAAAUGCACCACUCUUCACAAUGACUUGUCACAAUUCCAUGAACUUGUUCAGAAAAUUGGAGAUAAUAAGGAGCUCUGUCUUAUAGCCAGCAUAAAAUGUAAGCAUAUAAUACAGCAGGCAUUGACUCUGCUAGGAAAGUCAGGCAAGGCGUUUAACGUCCAGCGGAAGUCUGUGCACAAUGUGAGAAUACCAAGUGUUUCAUAUGAAUGUAGUAUUGCAGGCAUAUGUGUUCUGACUGAUGGGCAGGUGCUGGUCGCAGACUCGAAGAAAAAGAGGAUCUGGCUGCUGAACCAGCAGUACCAGGUGGUGAAUCACUGGGAUGUGAAUGCUCGGCCAGAUGACAUAUGUUUGAUCACAUCCAGUGAGGUUGCAGUGGCUGUGAAUGACCAUGAUAGCAAGAUACAUGAGCUACUGCUCAGCAAAGAAUACAACUGUCUGGUGAAAGGCUCGACCGUAUCAAAGUCCAGUGAUGUCGGGAAGAGCACCAGCCUUGAUAUAGAGUUGGUACGGCAACGACACAAGUCGGGCCCGCUGGAGCCCCAGUCAAGCACGACCCCUCCCCUGACCCCUAGCUCCUCCCAUUUGACCUCCGGCAUCAAAGAGUCAGCAUUGUUUAACAAUUCCAUCCCAUAG